GAUAAAAUCAAAAUUUUUGUUUUCAAUUAUUUGAACAUAAUUACCAUUAGAAAUGCCUUGUGACGGAAAAAAUCCUAAUUGUGAUAGAAGACGAGAAUUAUUAGCGCAACUAAAAUGUUUGAUUAGUUCUAUGGAAAGAAAAAAAGCAUGUGAAUGGGAUGAGCCACCUUGUCCACCUCCUGUUAUUUGUUCUUCACCUUGUGCACCUAUUUCUGAUUGUAUUCCAGUUAAACAAUGUAAAAGUUUUGAUUUUCGAGCAGGUAUUAUAUAUAGAUGUGAAUGUAUCAAAAGGAAUGGUUUACAAGAUAGAUGUAUGGUGUGGGAUUGUAUGGGUAGACCAGAAUGUAUGACAAAGUUAUAUCCCGUUUGUAUGCCAGGGCGCAACGCGUUAUUGAAAUUAACAGAAUUGGGAGAUAUGGAAGUUGCACUAAGGAAAUUUUAUUGUGCUGAUCAAGCAAGGGAAGCUGCUCUGGCUGCAUAUUGUAGAUUGGUAUGCUGCAAUGGUACAGAAAAAUCUUGCUGUACAAAUGUAAAGGCAAUAUGUUCAAGCAAUACGAAGUGUAAGCCUGUAUGUAUCGAACUACCACCCUGUCAACCCUGUCAACCCUGUCAACCCUGUCAACCCUGUCAACCCUGUCAACCCUGUCAACCCUGUCAACCUUGUCAACCAUGCAGUAUUACUCCUUGUGUACCACCUUGUACUUCUUUCAACAUUUGUGUACCAUGCUCACCUCCAUGUCCACCACCAUGCCCACCACCAUGCCCACCACCAUGUCCACCACCAUGUNNACCACCAUGCCCACCACCAUGCCCACUACCAUGCCCACCACUAUGCCCACCACCAUGUCCACCACUAUGCCCACCACCAUGUCCACCACUAUGCCCACCACCAUGUCCACCACCAUGCCUACCACCAUGCCCACCACCAUGUCCACCACCAUGUCCACCACCAUGCCCAUCAUCAUGUUCACCAUGCUGCCCCCCACAGUGUCCACCAUGUCCAUCAUUGUGUCCGCCAUGCUCGCCAUGUCUACCAUGUCCACCAUGUCAACCAUGUCCAUUACCAUGCUCACCGCGUGUAUCACUAUGUUUACCGUCAUGUCCACCACCAUGUCCCCCGCCAUGUCCUCCGCCAUGUCCACCAUGCUGUUCCUCACCUUGUCCACCAAUGUGUCUAUCAAUGUGUCCAUCACCAUGUCUACCGCUGUGUCCAUUACCAUGUUAACCAAAAUAUUUAUCAAUAUUAUCCAUUAUUAUAUUCUAUUUCUUAUGUGCCAAAUAUACAUUUUCCUUUCGUCAUUCUGUUACGAGUCUAUUUUACUAUGUAUAGUUUAUAUAUUUCUGUCGAUUAUCAAUUAUCACAAAUGUA